CUUGUCCAAAGAAAUCGAAACUAGCCAGCUUGCUAAUGGCUUGGAGUAAAGUUAAAACCAUUGCGUACAUGGAUUUAUUUUCACGUUUUACUGUCUUUGGCAUAAAAGCUGCCUAAUCUACAGUAUUGUUCAUGCAAUAACACGUAACAUGGCGCGAGUAACUGCUGGUCAGGAGUAUGACACACUUGCUGAGUGCAACUACUGCUUCCCUAACGAGGUCCUGGCUGACAUUCAGAGUGCCAUGACAACUUACACAGAUCUUAAUCUACAUGUUGACUUUUACAGUUACCCUAAUAAUGAGAAGAAGAAGUUAGUUUACUUGGGUGGCACUAUACCUGUUGUCUAUGAAGGCAACACAUACAACAUCCCUGUUCGUAUAUGGGUCCAUGAGACCCAUCCCCAGAGUCCCCCCAAGUGCUGCGUGUGGCCCUCCGUCUUCAUGGUCAUCAACACGAAGAGCAGUUUCGUGGAUGCGAGCGGCCACGUGCAUCUUCACUGUCUGAACAACUGGAAAAUAGGCUGGUCCAGCCUGUCCAUAGUGCUGGAGGAGAUGAGGGCUGCAUUCCAAAGGGAAACUCCGCUGUUCACCGCGUACCCGGUCAAGUCUGCCACUGUGUCCACGCCUGCCCUGCCCCCACUCUCUGGGUCGGCCGAUGGUCAUGCCUCUUCCUACGACAGUCGACCAUACUCCAGCAGUGCGGCUUCACCACCCAAUCCAGGCGAGCCACACAGGAGGUCCUCUGCAUCUGUGCUGCAGCCUAACAGCAAUACUCUGCCCAAGAGUUCAAAGUCCAGUCAGUCCCUGGCCAUCAGCGAUCCCGUGGGGGUGGUGAGGCGGUCGUACACACAGGAGCUGCUGGACAUGGGCAUCAUGUUUGAGGACCCGGCGGUCAGGAUGCACCACCCCACCAACCCAUUUCUGCAAAGUGCCUCUGUUCCAAACGUCGCUCCCUCUAAUCUGGAAGACGUGGACAACUUGUUCAAGAGCCUGCAACUGGAGAAAGUUGUUAACAUAUACCAGCUGGGGACCAAAGACAGUGACGAGGCGGAGGCGUGGCAGAGGCCCGGGCCAGCUGAACUGCCCCAUGAUGCCGCAGGGUUACUGGACGAGCACCGCACUGUGGUGGUGGAGCGCCUGCCCCGCGGCGUCUCCCCGAACCGCAUGAGGAACAAGCUGACCAUCUACUUCCAGCGCAAGCACAACGGCGGCGGGGAGGUCGUGGACGUGACUUAUCCCACCACUCUUCCGGACCAAGCCUACGUCACGUUCCGCGAUCCUAGGGACGUCAGGCAGGUUUUGAGACAGCCAAAUCGAGUGAUCGGGUGGAACGAGCAACAGUUCCCCAUCCAGGUGAAGAAGUUCGAUCGCUCUCAGUCUCAGUCCUCACAGAUCCAGCUGCCCGAGGGAGUUGUGGGUGAGAAGGCGGCCACGUUCAAGAGCUUGCUGGCGAUGGAGGGCCACGCGUUCAGCCCGGCGGAUGUGCUGGAGGCGGUGCAGGCGUGCCGCGAUCUGCCCUCUGCCCUCAAGUACCUCUCUCACGAGUGCCCCAUCUGCCAGGAGCAAGUGUGCUUCAGCAAGAUGAUCACCAUGACUCACUGCUCGUGUGCCUUGUGCGAGAGCUGCUUCAAAGCCUACUUCUCCUCCGUCAUCAAAGAGAAGAACAUUGUGCACGCCGUCUGUCCCCUGUGCAAUAAGCCGGACGUGCGCGGACCUCAGAGCAUGGAGGAGUCCAUGGAGUACUUCAGUCUCCUGGACACACAGAUAAGGCACUACCUUGACCUGGAGACCCACGAGCUGUUCCAGAGGAAGCUGAGGGAUCGGGCGCUGCAGGAGAUGCCAAACUUCCGCUGGUGUGCCCAUUGCUGCUUCGGGCUGCUGCAUGAAGCCGACCGGCUGAGGAUGGACUGCCCCAGCUGUGGCAAGAGCACCUGUUUCAAGUGCAAGACUGCUUGGGCUCCCCAACAUGAAGGCCUGUCCUGUGAGAGGUUCAAAGAGUGGCAGCUCCAUAACAGCCCAGAGUACCAGAACACACGGCUGGAGCAUCUCAUGAGCAAAAACAAGAUAGAUUGCCCUAAGUGCAAAUUCCGCUUCUACCUGUCCAAAGGUGGAUGUCUUCACUUCAAAUGUACCCAGUGCCAGCAUGAGUUCUGUGGGGGCUGUGGACGACCGUUCAAGCUUGGCUCCGCUUGCGGGUUUUCUGCAGAGUGUGGCGCUAAGGGUUUACACGCCCACCACCCCAGGGACUGCCUGUACCACCUGAGAGACUGGAGUGUUCACAGGCUACAGAGGCUAUUACAGUGUCAUCGAGUGUCCAGCCCCCUCCUCCUACGGCACAAACACGGAGCAGCGGGCAGGAACUGGAGAGGUGCGUGUGGGGUACUGGAGCACAAAGAGAGCGGCGGUACGAGAGAGGAGGCGUGCGGGCGGCCGGCACUGUUGGAGUACAGCGGCUACUGUUCGUUGCACUAUAAAGAGUGCCUUGUGGAGCUGAUCAACCAGAAGCAUCUAGAUCCUGCUCUCCUGUUCGACAUCCAAGAGAUGGUUGCUGAGUUACAGAGAUGGAGGAUCCGGUUUCCACAGCAACCACCUCAGGAAUCAGACCAGCAGUACAGAGAGCAUCUAAGAAAGAUUCUGACAGCGACGGUGGGCCUCUCUGCGGGUCAUGUGGGUGGGAGCGGGACCAGGCGAGUGGAGCCCUCCUCCCCCUCCUUCCCAGGGCCUCCCGGGGGUAACCCCUGGUCCAUCCCACAGGCUAGCCCUGCUAAGGGCCUGUCAGAAGACUCCCAACUUCUGCUGCUACUCAACGACUAGGACAGGCUGCUCUUGGCCAAUAACAACAUCAUAAUAAUAAUGUCUGGCACACGUGUAUGCUGUACAGAAGUCCUUCUGUCUGGGCCUUUUUAAAUGACAGCUUGUGACAACAAGGAGUGCAGAUGGAUUGAAGGUGAAGUGUCCUACGGUUGGGUAACACAAGUGUACUGUUUUCAAUACGUUCUCAGGGCUGCACUACUGUUGAAGCACUCCAUGUACCUUCUGUACGAGAUAAGUAAUGUCUGUCUGCUAGCGCCAUCUAGUGAUCACUGUGACUAUAUUUUCUGUUUUGUUGUAGGAUUUGAAUACUCAUUCGUUUAUUUUCUGUGACCAGAGGGGUAUACUACAAAGACAGAUUAGUGGUAUGUUGAGCAUAAAACCUGAGGAGCGUUCAUAUUUGACAAAGGCUGAUGAUUUCUGAACAAAAAGGCAAUUGUUCACUUUAAAUUGUUUACAAAAUGGCAAUCAAUAAGGCCAGGUUGCAAACAUUUGCCUCUGCUUGCUGAAUUUGAACUUGCCUUGGGCGUUCCGUACCACUUCUAUUUGGUAGCAUACCCCUCAGUGGUGCUGGUUUGCAUUUACAAGACUACUACUAAGUAUGUGAAGCUAGUUUGUUGUGGGCUGUAAGUUAUUAAUGUCUUCAUUCUUAUAUUCUUACGUGGUUGCAGUACCACACCUUACAGUGAAUGCAUUGUGUUGAGCACUGUUUUGCACUUUGACAAAGAUAGCAAGUGUGGCCAUCCUCAAAGCCAUGAGGAGUUGAAAGACUAGAUGAAUAUAC